GCCUACAAGUCAACACACACACACACAUGCAUCUGCUAUAGGUUCGUUGGGCCGGCAGUCCUAUCAAUAUAUAUAUAAUGUACAUUCUCUUUUGUUUGGACUCCCAGACACAUAUACUCUGUUAAUAUCCCUUAUAAUUACCUUCCCUAGGCGCGCAAUCCACAGCUUUUCUUCUCUUUCCUUCUCUCAAAAGUUUUCUUCAUCUCCACUCUCUUAAUAGAAACCAUGGGCGGUCGACGUCGCCGGGCACAAGUCGAAAUCACCAGUUUUGAGUCUGAGGAGGUUAGUAGUAUUGAAUGGGAGGUUAUAAACAUGACUGAUCAAGAAGAAGAUCUCAUCUAUAGAAUGUAUAGACUUGUUGGGGAGAGGUGGGAUUUAAUAGCGGGAAGGAUUCCAGGCCGAAAUGCGGAAGAAAUAGAGAGGUUUUGGAUAAUGAGACACUGGGAAGGGGUCGGUGAUAGAAGAAAAUUGCAUAAGAAAGAGAAUUCCAAAAUCUUUGCUCAUUGAUUUUCAAUUGCUACACAAAAGUUGUUUCUGUCUUUAAUUGUUUUUUUGGCUUUUAAAUUUAGCGAAUAAAUAAAUAUAUAUUUUUUGAAACUCUCAUAGCUAGCAAUGGAUAUUAUCAUGAUUAAUAAAGAAUCUUCCCCCACUCCCACUUGUAAUCUUGGCCAA